AUGAAACUAUUCGAUCUGAACUCGCUCGUUCAAUUUGAACAUCAAGAACAAAAUUAUGAAGAGGAUAUUGUUUUAUUUACCAAUAAAAUUGUUGCUUUAUAUAGUAUUCUAGCUAAACAUGUCAAUAUAGCUGUUUGUAUUCUAUUAGAAACGUUUACACAAUUUGAUGAACAACUUGAAAAAUAUAUAUUUGAUUUUGUUAUUCAACAAACCAUUCUUCAUAGACAAGAUUGGCCAUAUGAAGCUGAUGCUAAUUUACUUCGUUUAAUUUUAAAUAUUAUUGAUUUNGAUUUGCCAUAUGAAGUCGAUGCUAAUUUAUUUCGUUUAAUUUUAAAUGUUAUUGAUUUAGCUGAUCAUGAUUCAUGUGUAAUAUUAGCAAGUUCAAUAUUUGCAGCCAAUUCUCGAAUAUGGCUUUAG